AUGCAUACUUCUCUGCGCUUUGCCUGGUACACUCUUUUUCUACCUGAGUUGACCUUACGAGGCAGCGCGUGGCCCCCGUUCACCACCCAGUACACGCCCCCGUACAUACCUUUCCCCACGCAAGGACCAGGCUACCCUCGCCUCUCAGCUCCCUUCCUGUGUUGUUGUAGCUUUGGAGCCUUCAGUACUCUGGUGCAGCCUAUAUCCUCAGUCUGCCGUUGGGUUGUUUGUAGAACGAAAAACCAACAGCUAUCGGAGCUGAGUUCCCGACCAACAAGCUCCAGUGCACGGUCACAUGCCGGCCAGGCCCAACUGCAAACAGCCCCGACCUACCCACCGACUGAAAAUUGA